AUGCAAAGUCACUACUCAACUCUGACACAAACCACACUGGCUUCAUAUCUGAAAGCUUUGACCACCAACGGCUCCUCCAUGAGCUGCCAAUCCCCUCUACCCGAAUCCCUUCUUGGAGCAGGGGCCGAAGGCCUUGCCUCACCUCCCUGGUCAGUAGACUCUUCAGAGCGGUGUGAGGAACAUGAAGAGAGCCUGUCUGUGUUCUGCUUGGAUGACUUGGAGCCUUUAUGUAAACAGUGUGCAGCUGCGAGCCAUACAGGACAUAGGGUUUACCCCUUAACUGAGGCUGCAACUGACUGCAAGGAGGAGCUCAGAACAUUGCUAGAUGGGCUGAAGAAAAAGAUGAUUCACUUUGAGAAAGCCACACAGACCUGUGAACAUGCAUCCAGAUACAACCAGGCUGAGGCCAAACUCACAGAGGAGCAGAUGAAAAAGGAGUUUGAGAGUCUUCACCAGUUUCUUAGAGAGGAGGAAGCAGCCAGGAUACUUGAACUCAGGAAGGAACUAAAGGAGAGAAAGAGAGAGGCAGAAGAGCGAACAGACAGAUUGAAUCAGAUGAUAAAAUCUCUGGAGGAGAAGAUCCAACUCAUUGAAGAGGAGCUUGAUGCAGGCGGAAAUGGAGUUGAAUUUUUACAGCACUACCACCACUCUAUGAACAGGUAUGUGACCUUUCAAUUCAUUUUUAAUACUCCAGCACCAGCAAGUGUGACUGAGUGUUGGCAUGUCUAUAUUUAUUUACCGCAGCACAUGGAUGAGUCACAGGGAGCCAAAGAAGGUUUGCGGACCUCUAAUAGAUGUGGCCAAACACCUGGGCAACCUUCUCUAUUCUGUCUGGCAGAAGAUGAAACACAAUGCCCUCUACACUCCUGUGACCCUGGACCCCAGAACAGCUGGCCAGUCUCUGAGGGUGUCUCCUGGAUUAGAUAGUCUACAGAUGGGAUCUUCACAGAGGCUUGUGCAUAAUAUGGGUGAGGUUGUCCCUGUCCUGGCCAACCCUGAACGUUUCCAUCCUUAUUCCUGCAUUCUGGCAAGAGAAGGCUUUGACUCAGGAGUGCACUGUUGGGAUAUUGAGGUAUUUAUAGAAUUACUUAUCGGACCGUGAGCGGUUUCAUUUUCAUACUGAUUUUGACUGUCAGGA